AUGUCGGUGCAAGAGGAGAAUGCAGCAUCGCUCGGACAGCAGCGCGAAGACUCGGCACCAGUGGUGAAUCGCGUUUCGGUGAAGGUGCCUCCGUUCUGGCACGAGCGACCCGAAAUAUGGUUCGCGCAGAUCGAGGCGCAGUUCGCGGUAGCAGAUGUGUGCAACGACAUGAUGAGACUUAACACCAUAGUGGCUGCCAUAGAGUCCAGCAUCGUAGCCGACAUGGCUGACGCAGUGCUUCAUCCGCCAGCAGCAAACAGGUACGAGAACCUAAGAAAACAAAUAAUCGAACGGUAUGGUGAAUCAGAACAGCGUAAAAUUCAGCGGCUGUUAUCAGACGUACAGCUUGGCGAUCGUCGGCCUACUCAAUUGCUAAACGAACUGGCGACAUUGGCGAAGGAUAAGGUGAGAGUCGAAUUCUUGAAAACACUCUGGCUCCAGCGUUUGCCUCCACAAGUGCGCGCGAUUCAUCACACGUCAAGCGUAGAACUGAGCGAGUUAGCCAAAUUGGCUGACAAGAUUUGCGAGGCAGGCGACUAUCAUCAGAUCUCGGCAAUGUAUUCAGGCAGCGGUAGUACCUGGUCCGAAGCAGAAAAAGUGUGUCAGCGCUUAGACCAAAUCGAGCAACGAUUGAGUCGUCUAGACAUGAACUCCCGUCAACAGCAAGAUAGGCGUUCACUGAGAGGCCGCAGCCGACCACGUUCCCAAUCGAGCAGUCAUCCAGAAUGGUGUUGGUUCCACUCCAGGUUUGGGCGCAAGGCUCGCAGUUGCAGGCAGCCAUGUAAUUUUACAGCAUCAUCGCAGACAAAAAACUAA